AUGAAAAUUCCUUAUUUAAUUUAAUUUUAUUAUGGAACAAGUUUUUUUUAUUCAAAAUUUCAAAAUUCAUUUGGAACAAAAAUUAGUUUCAUUUACGAAAGUAUAAUUCACAUAACUGUGCCGCCAAUAUUAUCAUUUCUUCAAUGGUGGAUGGUGAUCUGGGGCUUGCUUGGGAAUCAGGUCCAGUUUUCUAUUUGGGUUAUAAUCAACAUUUGCCACCGCCACGAACUAAAAUUCUGUCCGAUCUGCUGCUGCUGCUGCUGCAGCACCGUCACCAGUUCGCGGUGGCAGUCAGUAUCUGCAGAACCAGUGGCAAAAGCAGGGGUUUGAGGCAUGGAUUCUGUGUAGACGGAGGAGGAAAUUCAAACAGCAGCAAUUUAGGGGUUCUGAAAAUAAAAAAAAAAAUGCCGGAGAAGACUGAAUGUUGGCUUCUGGUUCACAUAUGGCGUGCUGGAGUACUCGUUAAUCUAGACUCACUCGGUGUGGCUCGGCUGAUUCAGCAUUUGGAUUGUGCCGACACAUGGAGGAGCAAUGACGGUAAUUAUUGCUUUUUCAUUAAUGUACAUUUGAGCCCGAGUUCUACAAAUUGAGCGUCUCGAGACCAAAUCCAAGUUCAAUUGUGAAAACCCCCCUACCCUAAUUCAGCGCCGCCGCCUCAAUUCCUCUCGGGAAUUUUGACCUAAUAUCCGUCCACAUUCAAGCCUUCUUCUGUGUCAAUAAGGUAUGUUUAUUCGAUUUGAUCUGGUGAUUUUUAGGUUGGCCAAAAUCUACAUCACCAUAUCAAAAUUCACUAAUUAAAAGUUUCUUAGAUUGUUAAUCUUUGCAGGUCUUACGAUGUCUGAUAAGGGUUCAAGCUCCAAGUCUUCGUCAAAGCUGAGAAAUAAGACGAAGAUGUCUGAUUUCUUGUGUGAUUUUAGGUUCCGAAAUGAACUGCCAGAUCCAUCUGCAAAGAUGAAGCUUCUGCCUAUAAAAAGAGACCCCGAUCGAUACUGCAAAUAUCGAGUUACAUCAUUGGAGAAAAAUUGGAAGCCACAGCUAUUUCCUGGAGCAGACCUUGGUUUACCGCUGGACUUUCUUGAUACGAGCGUAUACAGUCGACGCAGGGGUAAAGGCAUACCCCUUGAUCCAGAGGAUGAGGCGUUGUUACGUGAUGAUGAUAUUGAUCCAAUAGCACCAGUCAAGAAGGAUGCGAAGAAGAAAGAAAGGCUUAGUGGUUUACCGCUGGACUUUCUUGAUAGGAGCGUAUACAGUUGGUGCAGGGGUAAAGACAUACCCCUUGAUCCAGAAGUUGAGGCAUUGUUGCCUGAUGAUGAUACUGAUCCAAUAACACCAGUCAAAAAAGAUGCUGUGAAGAAGAAAGAAAGGCCCAGUGGUUUACCGCCGGACUUUCUCGAUAUUAACGUAUACAGUCGCCGCAAGGGUAAAGCCGUACCCUUUGAUCCAGAGAAUGAGGCGUUGUUGCGUGAUGAUGAUAUUGAUCCAAUAACACCAGUCAAGAAAGAUGCUUCGAAGAAGAAGAAAGAAAGGCCCAGUGGUUUACCCCUGAACUUUCUUGAUAUGGGUGUAUACAGUCGGCGCAGGGGUAAAGGCGAACCCCUUCAUCCAGAAGAUGAGGCGUUGGUGCAUGAUGAUGAUAUUGAUCCAAUAAUACCAGUAAAGAAAGAUGCUUUGAAGAACAAAGAAAGGCCCAGUGGGAAAGGUGUUUCUUUGCUGUCUCAGUAUAUUCCUCCCCUUAGUUCGAGUUCAACUAAGCAGUAUCUGACUAAAAAGCAAGCCAAAGAACAGCGAGACGCUCGACGUCAUGGCCUUUUGUUGCCGCCCAGUAGUAGGGAAAGUAAAAUUCUGGAUAUUAUGGCUUCAUUUGAGGCUAUCAAGUCCCAACCUGUUCAUAAAGGCGAUUGUCAAGUAAAGCCAAAAAGAGUUAUACCGCUCUUUCCUAAAUUUGACCGGAGUGAUGAUGAUCAAUUUCUAAGUGCAAAAUGUGUUGACGCUGCUACAGCUGAUUCCGAAAUCUACAAAGAAGAAUCUAGACUAGAGGAGGACGUGUAUGACCAAAAUGAAGACAGGUUAGAGGCAUUGGUCGGAAAGUAUCUCUUGGAUUUGCAGGGUGGCAAUGUGGAUGAUCCGAAAACACACCCCGUAGUAUCUGAGGAGUCGGAAGAAAAAUACGUGCCUCGGCCAAAGAAGGUCGUAAUAAGGAAGAAGGUGACGAAGGAGGCAAAACCAGACAAGGAGUUGAAGUAUUAUCCUCUUCCUAUAUCAAUGAUAUUAAGGUGUGGAUUUACAGUAGAUGAAAAGGGUUUUGUAGUUUCAAAGGCAACAAACUACUCCAAGUAGGGGAAGUGGGAGUGGCUCUUGAUUAAAAUAAUAAAAUAAUGCAAUAUUGAGAAGAAAUCCUUGAGAAUUAUUAUUAUUAUUAUUAUUAAAUUUUUUUUUUUGGCUUUGUUAUUAUAAUGCAAUGUUGAGAACAAAACCUCUACUGUAUUGAUUUACAUAUGCUUUUAAGUGACCUAAAAGUCCAGUACAUACUAUAUAUCAGGUGGUGUAGACUGAUUAACAUUUACCAUAUACUUACUUACGGCCACUAAUAAUUAAUACACAUAGUUAAAUAUAGUCUACACCAUUAAAGUAUACAUUUCGUUAGGUAAUACUUACCUUAUGAAGUAUCAUUUGUAACACCUGUCUCCUCAAAUAUAAUGUAAUUUGUAUUUUAAA